CAACUUCCGGUUUGAGGCUGGCGCUGGAAGGAAAUAAACAAACUCCGAGGAGGGAAGUAUCAAUGGUUCGGGACGCAGCGCGGUUCCGAAAUAACAUUCGCCGAAGUGACGAAGGCAUCAUUGCUUGAAAUGACGAGUUAAGGACUAAAGUAUAUUUCACGUGGUGGUCAACACAAUGAUGACGACCAAGAGACUGGAGAAGUUUGAGGUGGUGUGUGAGUGGGCGUCGUGCAACUUCCGAGGCCACACUAUGGAGGAGCUGAGCGACCAUAUGUCCCUGCACUUAAAGGAUUUCCUGGGAGACAACGAUGCCCUGGAGGAGCUGGAUGAAUAUGCCUGUCUCUGGAAUGGAUGUGAGUUCCUUUCAAUGGGUAGCCCUGCAGAGCUGGAGGUCCAUGCUUACUUCCACAAUUAUCACAGCAAGUUGAAGUUUGUUGGGUCUCAGUUGCUGAAGUCCCGUCCCGACCUGCCCAGUUGCAAUCAGGGCAUACACAGCAGCAACCUGGUUCCUGAAGGAUUAGAUGGAUACAUUUGCCAAUGGGAACACUGUGAUAGCACUUUUAAUAAUCCGGAGUGGUUCUACCGCCAUGUGAACAAUCAUGUUGAAAGUGCGGAGCCACAGUCUUUCUCACAACAACAGCAGGCUCUCUUCUGCCAGUGGGCAGGCUGUGAUGCCUUCUUUAAAAUCAGGUAUCGUCUGAGGGAACACAUGCGGAGCCACACUCAGGAGAGGCUUGUAGCCUGUCCUACAUGUGGAAGCAUGUUCUCCAGCAACACAAAGCUAUUUGACCACCUCCACAGGCAAGCUGAGCCAGUGGAGUCACUGGUAUGUGAACAUUGUGGCAAAGCCUUUUCCAGUGAGAGGCUUUUGAGAGAUCAUGUUCGUCAGCAUGUGAAUCAAGUGAAGUGUCCCUUCUGUGACAUGACCUGCACUACAUUGGCUGCUCUCAAGAUCCACAUCAGGUUCCGCCACUGUGAUGAGCGACCCUUUCCAUGUGACUUCUGUGACAAAAGAUUUAAGAACCAGCGUGAUCUACAGAAGCACACAGAGGUUCACAAUGAGGGAACUGUUUAUCACUGUACAGUGGAGGGAUGCGAUUAUUCUUGUCAUACAUUCCAAACGAUGAGCCACCACUUCAAGAGAGUGCACAAGGUUGGAGGGAUGUCGAAGUAUAAAUGCCAUAUUUGUGACAAGGUCUUCUCUUGGUGUUACACUCUGACACUUCACCUACAUAAGAAACACGAGCUGAAAUGGCCUUCUGGACAUUCACGCUUUAGAUAUAGAAAAGAUGUUGAUGGCUUUCUGAAAGUAAACAUGGUGCGGUUUGAGACUGUUGAAGUGACCAAAGAGAUCAUGAAGAACAUGUCCAAGAAGCCACAGAAUCGGAAAACCAGCAGCAGGAGUAAAAAAGCUGCAGUGACACUAGAAAGUGGCCUCAGCUCUCCUGCUGGAUCCUCCUCGCCCUCCUCCAGCUACUCCUCUUCAGACUCCUCCGAUCUCUCUGGUGGUGAGGACCUUUCAUCCCACCCCAGCCCCAGAGGCAGUGACUCUCCUGUUUACUGUGUGAUGAGCACCAUCCCCCACAUUGAGGAUGAACCUGGAGGAUUAUCUCAGGAGGACUGUGAAAGUAGCGGGAUGUCUGGAGCCGUCCAGGCCCUGACGGAGGUGGCGAGAGGACUUGGAAUGGAUGUGGUGUGACUGCUCACUUUACACUGGGUGGAAACACAUGUCCAGCUUUGCCUGUCAAAUAGCUUUGGAGCAGUUACAUCUUUGUAUGUUCAGCUGUGGAGCCGUAAACCAAAAUACCAGUGGAACUAAUGUACUGCUUUCUGCCCUGUUCUCUAUUUAAUGUGACAUUUAGUACGAUGUUGCCUGAUGAAAAAUUUCAGAGAAUAUUUUUAUUGUAGUCUUGCAAUGUUGCUAAAUUUUAUUAUUGUCAUUUUUCCAAUACAUUUUUGAUACAAACAGAACCUAGCAUUUUUAGUUAUAGGUUUGCCAGUGUUGAUACUGCAUAUCACAUUACUCUACUUUACCCCAGUCUCGGUGCUAAUUAGCAAAUGUUAAGGAACAGAAAUACUGAACUGCCUCAGAGUUGCCAGCAUUUUAUCUUUUAGAAUAGCAAGUUACCACUGGGUAUUUAUUUAUAGGCAUUGCUUUUAUUUUCAUAUUCUUCUAACAUGGGAAAAAUGUAGCUUCUUCAGGUCUGUGUCCCAUCUAUAAAAAGUUUGACCUGAUUAAUGGCUAUAUAUAUUAGACAAGGCAGCAAAGUCUGACGUGAAUAUACUGCAACAUACUGUAAACAGGAAAUAUAAAAAAGUAGAUAAAAGUACUCAGCAGUACAAACACAGGAUAUACAAUCAGCAUUUGCCUUAGAGAAAUAAUUCCCCUAAUUCAUAUUAGUCAGAGUAUUAAAAACAGACAAAUGGCAGUAUAAAUGUAAGCAGAAUUAGUGUAACUGCAUAAACGUCUACAUGCAUGUGCACAUUUGAAUAUUAUUGAAUAAAACAAUAUAACUAUG